UUCUGUGUGGCAUUAUAGUUGCUGUGUUUUUGCUGUAUGCUGUGUGUGCUCUGGUUACUGUGUGUUUGAGUUUCUGUGCUACGGAUGUAGUGUGUGUAUCCUGUACUCUACAUUUGCUUUAUAUGUACUGUGUGUGUCUCUGCACUGUGCCUUUGCUGGGGGUGUGGACAGAGGAAAGGAUGAGAGAAGGACCAGACACCAGCUCAGUGCCUCACUUGCUGCCCAGCAGACAUGCUGUGUGGACUGAAGAGGGAUGUGCACUUUGAUAUCGAUGAUGGGCCGUACUCAAAGGGAAAUAAAGACUCUUCAGCAAAUGAUGUGGCUCUGCUGUCCAGGCGACAAAGCAUCCCAGAGGAAUUUCGGGGGAUCACAAUUGUGGAGCUUAUUAAGAAAGAGGGCAGCACUCUUGGACUGACCAUUUCUGGGGGAACAGACAAGGAUGGGAAGCCCAGAGUAUCCAACCUGAGGCCGGGUGGGCUGGCAACCAGGAGUGACCAGCUAAACAUUGGGGAUUACAUUAAAUCUGUAAAUGGCAUCAACUUGACCAAACUGCGGCAUGAAGAGAUCAUCAGUCUGCUGAAGAAUGUGGGGGAGCGAGUGGUGCUGGAGGUGGAGUACGAGUUGCCUCUUGCCGCCCCAGAAUCCAGCUCAGCCAUCAUCCCAAAAACUAUUGAGAUCACCCUAUGCAAAGAAGGAAACAGCUUUGGGUUUGUGAUGAGAGGAGGAGCACAUGAAGACUGGCAUAAAUUCAGGCCACUGGUUGUAACUUACGUAAGGCCAGGAGGACCAGCUGACAGGGAAGGGACUUUGAAAGUGGGUGACCGGCUGUUAUGUGUGGAUGGAAUCUCUCUUCACAGUGUGACACAUGCAGAUGCCCUCGCCAUCCUGCGGCAGUGCAGCCAGGAGGCUGUAUUCCAAAUAGAGUAUGAUGUAGCUCUCAUGGACACCGUCACCAAUGCAUCUGGGCCACUGUUGGUAGAGAUUGCCAGAACACCGGGCUCCACACUGGGCAUCUCGCUGAGUGUUGGCACACACAGAAACAAGCAGGUCAUCGUCAUUGACAAGGUUAAACCAGCCAGUGUAGUGGACAGAUGUGGCGCUCUGCACCCUGGGGAUCAUAUCUUGUCCAUUGAUGGGACCAGCACAGAGCACUGCUCUUUGAUGGAGGCAACACAGCUACUUGCCAGCACCACUGAGAACAUAAAGCUUGAAAUCCUUCCGGCCCACCAUGGCAGGCUGUCCCUGAGACCCCAGGAUACAGUUAAGAUACAAAAAAGUGAGCACCAUCACUGCUGGGAUCCCUGUGUUAGCUACUGUCACACUCACCAUCCUGGGCACUGCAAGACGCCAACCUGGAACCCAACCUCUAAUCAGGACUACUGCAAGUCUCUCGUUGCCACUAACUUUUCAUCGUCGUCCUCAGCGGGGACACCAGGGUUUGGCUGCCAGAAUUCCAAUACUCUUCCACAUCAGAUGAGUCCCCGUACCACGAUGACCAGGAGACGGCAGCGCAGGAAAGACCACAAGAGCUCUUUGUCCUUGGCAUCCAGUACAGUGGGCCCAGGGGGGCAAAUUAUACACACAGAGAGCACUGAGAUCGUUCUGCGAGGUGAUCCGCUUAAUGGGUUUGGGAUCCAGCUGCAGGGCGGGAUAUUCGCAACAGAAACCUUGUCAUCCCCUCCUCUCAUACGGUUUAUUGAGCCGGACAGUCCUGCUGAAAGGUGUGGGCUCCUGCAGGUUGGUGACAGAUUGCUCUCCAUCAAUGGGGUUCUCACAGAGGAUGGGACGCUUGAGGAAGCAAAUCAGCUGUUGCGCGAUGCAGCACUCUCCAAUAAAGUGGUUCUGGAGAUUGAGUAUGAUGUAGCAGAGUCUGUGGUUCCGAGUAGCGGCACGUUCCAUGUCAAACUACCGAAGAAGAGAGGCGUAGAGCUGGGAAUCACCAUUAGCUCAGCAAGCAGAAAGUCCGGGGAGCCGCUAAUUAUAUCAGACAUAAAGAAGGGUAGCGUGGCUCACAGAACUGGCACCCUGGAACCAGGAGAUAAAUUGUUAGCCAUCGACAACAUUCGAUUGGAUAACUGUUCCAUGGAGGAUGCUGUGCAGAUCCUGCGGCAAUGCGAGGAGUUGGUCAAGCUGAAGAUCCGCAAAGACGAGGAUAAUUCUGAUGAGCAGGAGACCAGUGGUUCCAUUAUAUACACUGUGGAGCUGAAGCGAUAUGGAGGGCCUCUCGGAAUAACAAUCUCUGGGACAGAGGAACCAUUUGAUCCCAUUGUGAUCUCAGGACUCACCAGGAGAGGUCUUGCUGAGAGGACUGGAGCCAUUCAUGUUGGGGAUCGUAUACUGGCAAUUAAUAAUGUGAGUCUGAAGGGGAAACCUCUGAGUGAGGCCAUUCACCUGCUGCAGAUGGCGGGAGAGACUGUGACGCUGAAAAUCAAGAAGCAGGCUGAGCGAAAUUAUCCUCACAAGCUGUCGGACAGUAUGAACGAUGGGAGUGACCCUGAGGACGACCUGACAGAUUCCCAGAAAACCAGCAAACUCUCUGAGCUCUAUUCCACCACUGUUCCCAGUAUAGACAGCGCCCUGGAGUCUUGGGAUGGUUCUGGCAUUGACACAACAUAUGGAAGCCAAGGUACCUAUUUGCCACAGGCUGCAGGCAUCUCUUUGCACCCACAUGAAUGGAGAGCGAGCAGGCAGAAGAGCAGCACCCCCCCGUUGGAGCACAGGAAAAGUUACCCCUUCUUGGAUGGAAGUUACAAUGAGGAAGAUUGGGAAAAGCCCACUCGAUAUCCCAGUCAACCUAACGGCCUGGACGCCAACCAUGAUGAUAGUUUCUGGCGAGUUUUUGGAGAAGCCUUGGAAGAUCUGGAAACCUGUGGCCAAUCUGAGCUUUUGAGAGAGAUAGAGGCCUCUAUUAUGUCUGGGAGUGUACGCAGUAUGGGCUUCGAUGAUUGCAAGUCCUCCAGCCAAAGCGGUCGCUCUUUACUCAGGAAAGGAGGAGCACGCCGGGGCAGCAGCAGUCCCAGGAGAGAAAACAAACACAUUCAGGACACAAAGACCCAGAGGGAGGAUGUGCAGGACACAUGCCCCAGUACCACAGAAUUGCUAAAGGUCACCGUAAUGAAGGACUUGGAGAGUGACGACUUUGGGUUUAGUGUCUCUGAUGGUCUCCUGGAAAAAGGUGUCUACAUAAAUAUGAUCCGCCCUGGGGGUCCGGCAGACAGGAGCGGUCUCCAGCAAUAUGACAGGGUCCUGCAGGUAAAUCACGUGCGCACAAGGGAUUUUGACUGCUGUUUGACAGUGCCGCUUCUGUCUGAUGCUGGUGACAGACUGGACCUUGUGAUCAGUCGCCAGAUAUUAUCAGAAGAAAGGAAUGUGCAGAAAAAGACCAGCACAAAGACUCUCUGAGGGUUCCCAUACGUUACGGGCCUGGAAUUGUUUGCUUGGCCAAUGCUGGAACAAACCUACUUUUAUUUAUUUAUUUUUUAAUUUUAACUUUUUUAUGAACUUUUGUUUUUAUUUUCAGCAGUUAGUAAAUUAGAGUAUUUUCCUUUACGUGGCCCCUACUUUGUAUGGUCACGCUCUUACAUAAUUAAUAGCAUUGCCACAGAGCAUGUUUUUACGUGUUCCAGAUGAGCACAUGAAGUGGAUCCUCUCCCUAACUCAUGGUGCUAUAUUUCCCCUAUUCACUGACACUGUGAGAUCUGUUAGUUUAGUAAUUAGCACUUGUCAGUCAUGUGACGUAUUAACACUAAUGUGAUUGUCUCUUUAUCCUGCUUGUUCCAUGUUACUAGUAACCUCCAGAUAUUGGUGGUUAUAGCAGCCUGCAUGCCGAGCAUUCCCCUUAGUAAUUGUGCUAUAUUAGUGCUUAUGAUGCCCCCCCACACACACACAAACAGAGCACCCCAGUACUUGUGCUAUAUUAGUGCUAAUGAUGUCCUCCCCACACACACACACAGAGCACCCCCUGUACUUGUGCUAUAUUAGUGCUAAUGACAGCCCCACACACACGCAGAGCAUCCCCUUUACUUGUGCUAUAUUAGUGCUAAUGACAGCCCCACACACACGCAGAGCAUCCCCUUUACUUGUGCUAUAUUAGUGUUAAUGACAGCCCCCCAGACACGCAGAGCACCCCCUUUACUUGUGCUAUAUUAGUGUUACUGACAGCCCCCACACACACACACACAGAGCACCCCCUCUACUUGUUAUAUUAGUGUUAAUGACAGCCCCCCACACACACAGAGCACCCCCUCUACUUGUUAUAUUAGUGUUAAUGACAGCCCCCCACACACGCAGAGCACCCCCUUUACUUGUGCUAUAUUAGUGUUACUGACAGCCCUCCACACACACAGAGCACCCCCUCUACUUGUUAUAUUAGUGUUAAUGACAGCCCCCCACACACACAGAGCACCCCCUCUACUUGUUAUAUUAGUGUUAAUGACAGC